CGUUAAAGCAGACAAGUCGAAUUUUGAGGAAAACAAUGGCUGAUAUAGUAGUGGCCUCUUUUGGCACCUUUGGAGUGUUUUUUGGUUUGCUGAUUUUGGUAUUUCUAAUACUAAGACAUCGCUCCAGUUUAAUCUUUGGCAUAUAUCCACGUAAAUCUUUGUUUUAUCAUUUAAAAUAUGUGAUAGCCUUAAUAGUGUUGAAACGUUUGCGUCAUCGUUUCUAUUCUAAAACUGAAAAACAUACGGAGGAAGUAAUGCUGGAAUUGGAUAAACCUCAGACCCUUUCCGACAAUCCCAAAUCUUAUGAUGUGGUUUCUUUUAUGGCGGCCAAUGCCAAGGGCCAAAAGCUGAUGGUCAGUUUGGAAAGAAGACGCAGAGGAGUUAAUCGUGCAGCCUUGUAUCUGUGGCUGCCCGAAUAUGGGCUUUUGAGUUCCCCCAAUUUACCCGAUAUGUUGUAUUUCACCACCGAUGGUGAAAAGGAAAGUGAGGAGUUUAAGGGCAAUGGUUUUCACAUUUAUCCCAAAGAAGCCAUGAAAUUGUGGUGCAUAAAAUACGAAGGAGAACUUAAACUGGCUUCAGAGGAAAAUCAAGUGAAUUUGUUAAAAGUUAAAUUGGAUUUGGAAUUCCACUCUGAAACUAGCCACUUUGAUUAUAAUCGCGAUUUAAGUCCCUCGGUUAUAGCCGAUUCUAUAGCUAGAGAAGCCUGGAAUGAAUCUUUCUAUAUGAUGCUCAAAAGUGUGGAUACAAUUUUGGAAAAACGUACUCACUACGAACAAAGUGGUGUUAUUUCGGGAGAUAUCAAGGUAGCUGACAAACUUACUGCCUUAAAAAUGAAUGGCUUUAGGGAUCACAGUUUCGGCACCGAAAGAUGUCUCUCCACCAUCAAUCGUUAUGUGUAUUUUGCUUUAUUCCUAGAAGAUGGCACCAGCAUGGUGGUGGGAAAUUUAUCACAACCCUCUUUCUUCCUAUCCUCCCUCAAAGUGGGCUAUAUUUGCUGUAAAAAUGGCAUUUACCAGCCCAUAACCAAAUGCAAUUUCGAGCUAUAUUCCUAUGGUGAAAAGGGCACUCCGCCCAAACAUCAAAAUUUCAUUGUACACACGGAUAAAGCCAAGUAUUUUGUGCAAAUUAAACAGGAGGACAGUGCUUUGCGUUAUGUGGGCGGCAACUGGGAAUCCAAGGUCUUCAAUCAGUUUGUUUCCUGCACAGUAAAUGGUGUUCAGGGACAGGGUAUUACCGAAUACCUGUACCGCCAUAAUGCAGGGCGUCCUGAGGAAGUAUGUGAAAAGGAUCCGGAAUGGUAUCAGCGCAUACGUAAAUUUGAAAGAAGUUUAAGUAAUUUUGAGAAUACUGAAGACACUGAAGCGUUUUUCUUUUGAGCAGAAGCAGAACUAAGGAAAAACAAAAUUUCCAAAAGAUAAACAAAAUUUAGAAAUGUAAGUUUAUCAUACAAUUAAACAGAAAAAGUUUAAUUUAAUUUCCAAAUCAAAAGAUAAAGUAAAAUUUUAAGAAUAAUUUAGAAAAUAAGGGACUGAAAUUAAUAUAAAAUCAUAAAUAACAAGUGUUUUUUUAACAACAAAAAUGAUAUAAUUUAAACAAAAAUCAUUUAAAAUUUCUCAAAUGGUCAAAUUUAAAAAUAUUUAGAUUUAAAAUAAAAAACUAAAAAUGUUAAAAA